CAUUAAUCAAGUGAACAGUGUGGUUGGAAGUCACUUGAGCCCAACACUUCAGUUAUUCCGGAUUGGUUUUAAUUUGGAUAAGAAGUAUGUAAAAGAUUUAGAUAAUUGGCUCCGCUUUGCCCUUGACAGGAAAGUCGAGAUUCUUGAAUUGGAUCUACGUGAAAACCAUCAAAGAAUUCGUGAUCCAAAGGAAAAUUAUGAUUUUCCCCUACCUUUGUCGGAUGGAAGCAUGGCACGCUUUCCAGAAUGGCCCCCGUCUAAUUCCAUGGAUGUAGAGACUCUGUCUCUUAAAAAGCUUGUGCUUCUGUCCGUCAACAUCAGUGAACCCGCCCUGAGUGCAUUGCUAAAGCACUCUUCAAGUCUCGAAAAGCUGUACAUUGUUGGAUCUGGGUUGUUGACUGCUGUUAAUGUUGGUGGAUUCCACAUUAACUUGAAACAAUUGAUAUUGAUGGCAUGUACUGGGCUUCGGUCUAUUACUCUUCAUGAUUUUGAUCUUGAAAAGUUUCAGUAUAUCGGUCGAGAUAUAGACUUUCAUCUUGCAAACCUUUCAAAGGUUAAAGAACUUGAUCUUGGCCAAGUGAGUGUGGGCUUGAACAAUAAGGUGUUCUCUGCGAUCGCAUGUGUAGCUUCCACCCUUGAGGUUCUUUCCUUGGAUGUUAGUCGUCAAGCGGAAGACAUUGAAAGGGAUGCUCCUGGAUUUCCACUGCUACCAAAUGUGAAAACAUUAACCCUGACGUUGCCUACAGAAGUUCAUGACACUAUAACAGAGUUUAUUGAAAUAGGAAAGAAGUGCCCUAGUUUGGAGAUCUUUAAAAUAUCGCUGUAUUGGUGUGCAUCAAUUACGAAGGAAAAAGCGUGGUAUACUCCUUUUGGUUUCGACUUUAUACGCCUCAAGCAUGUCGAGAUCAGCGGUUAUCGUGGUCUCAUGAGUGACGUUCAGAUGGCUUUGUACAUGCUAGGCAACGCCUCUAAAAUUAUUAUAGAUCCUUCAUGCCACCCUUAUGAUUUAUGCGAAUUGACUGAAAGACAGGUUAUGAAGAUAGAAGAGGCUGGUCGGUCCCAUGCCAAAUCAGAGCUAUCGUCAUGUGUUUUCCCACAGGUGGAGUUGGUCAUUCUUUGAUUCACGAUUGAGAUGAUGUUGGUUUGUUGUGUGAUAUACUCUGCUUAUUAGCUCUAGUUUCUCCUGCGGUGAUGUUGGUUUGUUGUGUGAUAUACUCUGCUUAUUAGCUCUAGUUUCUCCUGCUCCAGUUAUUAGAAAACUACUUUAGAAGCUUGUUGAUGUCUUUGGAUCAUGUUUGGAGAUUUUUUAGUUUGUUGAAUGCUACUUGAGUAGGUUUAAAAGAUUCUUAUGCAGUUAUCCAUGUUCCUUUUGCUUCUGGUA